AUCGAUAGGCUGUCAUCUCCAGCACAAAGGCACUGAAAAACGGGUGUAAUUUUGGUGCAUCAGUGUCAGUGAAUAGCCAAAAAGUGCUUAUAGUGCUAAAUUCCGCGAGCCAAAGAUGGUUGUCUGCACUGCCACGAUGCCCGCGCUCGUUUCCGCGAUGAAGAAGGAGGCGCCGGAGCUGAUGGAUAGCCCCGCGAACCCCGAACCUGGUGACCCUGGCGAUGGGGGCGGGGUCGCGGAGGAGGAUCGCGAGGAGGGCGAGAUUGUGGACGAAUUCGAACUGAUCAUUUCGUCCGAGGACGAGGAGUUUAAGCUGCGGGCCCGCAUCCAGCAGCUGGAGGAGAACAACAAGGAUGUGGAGCGCAUGGACAUGCUGUCCGCCAAUUUGGCGCAUCAAUACAAUUACCCAAAUCCUGGGCCGCGACUGCCGUCCUACCAGCCCAAGUCGCCCGUCUUCACACUGUCGGAUGUGUCCAGCCAGUCGGAGGAUGAGUUCGAGGCCCAGCGCAAGUAUCGCAGGCACAAGCUGCGCCGCGCGGAUCUGGGCAAAAGGCAUCAUCAUCAGGGACUGCCUGGCGAUUACCGCAGGAACCCCUUUGCCAGGCGUCACAAACACUCGUCGCCACCGCCGCCGGUGACCACGCAGCGUCGGCGGCAGAACUAUCACCACCACCAACAGGCCAAUCAUCACCAGCAUCGUCAGCAGCAGCAGCACUAUGAUAUUGAGGAUUCCCUGGACAGCGGCACCGACGGCGAGCUGGGCGAGUACGAUAUGGACAACGAGGAUGACGAGCUGGAACUGCAGAGGCUCAAACUGAGCAGGGAUAAGCUGCGCGUGGCCUUGGCCCGGGAGGACGGACGGGAGUUCGUCAGUCAGUACAAGAACAGCUUGAGGGAGCGACUGCAGUACCGCAUGCGCAAGUCACCCAGUCCCAUAAAGACUGAACUGCCGCUGCCCCCGCUGCAGCCGCUCUCCGACGGCGGGGAGGAGGAGGAAGCCGAACAGGAGCAGCCGCAAAGCGAGGAUCCUGCCGAGCUUAAGCUGCGACUGAUAGCCCUUAAAUCUGCCAUAUUGAAAAAGCAUUUGGCGCGCAAGAAGCGCGACGCCGAGCGAGCCUACUCGCCCACUGAUAUGAUCAAUCGUGUGCAUCCCGCCAUUUCCAACGAUGAUGAUAUCGACGACCUUAUGGAGAUCAGUCCGGCCGCAUCGCCAGAGCGAGAACAAAGUCCGCCCAGAUACUCAAUAGACUAUGCCGUGGACACAAAGCCCGUGGACAUGGAUCUGGCCGAAACGGACAGCGAUGAUCAGCACAAGGAUGUGUGGAAUCCGUGGUUAAACAACUGGAACUCCAUGGACAAUGCUGGCGGAAGUUGGCGCUGCUUUUACCCCAACAACCUGCCGCCUGUUUCGGUGCCCAUUGUGAUAGACGAGGAAAAUGAGGAAGAUAUUAGGAUGGAUGAUCGGUUGAGGAGAGAGAGUAGAGUUUACGAUGACGACGACGAAGUGCCGCCGCCACCGCCGCCGUUUCACAUUCCACACAUGCAUCUGGAGGACGAGGAUGCCCGGGAUGCCAUGCACCUGGUCGAUCAGCAUUCCAAUCAAAGUUCCAACACGGAGAUGCAGUCCGUUUCCAUGGAAAACUCGCAGACACAUUUGAAGAGUCAGCCAGAUUCGAGUGACGACGAGGCGGGCGCAUUGCGAGCUAUUUUGCUAUCUAAUUUGCGAGCAAGCAAGCCACCACCACCUCCUCCGACGUCUCCUCCUCCUGUUCCGGUCCCUGCUCCUAUUACAGCCUCGGUUCCAGUUAUUGUACCUGCACCUGUUCCUGUUCCCGCACCUGUUCCUGCACCUGUGGCUCAACUUAGAGAGGAAUCGAACCAGGAAAAUGACUCAGAUGAUCCAGAGGAGCUGCGUUUAUUGCUCCUUUCCAGCAUAGCUGGUAAGAAGCGGGCCAGUGGCGCUCAAUCAAAGUCUGGUCCAAGUCCAGAGAUACUCAAGAAUGCUGUUAGGCGCUUCCAACCCACGGAAUCGUCAAUAAAAGAUGAAGAAGAGUCGCAGGAUCAGCAGUCAAUUGUGAAAGAAAGUACUGAACUUGAAGCAGAAAAGGAGAUUAUAAACGAGGCUGCUGUAGAGCCUGUUGAGCCGGAAACUAACCUCAUCCUCAAGGAAUCUGUCGAGUCCUCACAGCCAAUUGCCAAACUAACCAUCCAGGCCAAAAAGCCAACCUCACCCUCCACGAAAAUCAUAAAAAUUGUCAAGCCCAACAAGGUGAUAAACAAAAAGACAACGACCAAGCGGAAAGCUACCACAACUGAGGUAUCGGGCUCAGGUUUAAGCAUAAAGCGGCCCACAACACUAAUGAUCAAGGAGCCCAGCGCUCCACUGCAUACUAAGACCUCAAUCACAUCCAGCACUCGCCUCAUUACCACCAUAGAUACCGCCAGCAUAAAGGUUAAUAAGCUGAUCAUUAGCUUAGCAGAGGAGUCCGCUGCCAGCGAUGAUGAACUCGAGCUGAGUUCGAGCUUUGCCUAUGCAAACACGGACAUUGCCAGCCCCUUGAGUUUGGCAAUGGGCAGCUUUAGUGGCUCCACCACCAGAUCAAAUACUCCCAUAUCCGAGAUUGUGGAAACGGCUCCCAGCGCCAAUAACAAUCUCAGGCGAACUGUGAUCAAUGAAUACUUUGAAAAGAAGAUCGAUGAUUUCCUCAAGCAGGCAAGAUCCAAGGCACCAGUGUCCAACUCACCGGAGGCGGCGCCAGAAAAGAUUCCCGAGAAGACCAAGGUCGACGAGAAGCAGCCAGCAAUUGUAACUACUCCAAAAGUGCAGCCGGCUAAAACAACUCCAGUGGCUGUUCGUCAUUUACCAGUGGCAUCGCAGAAGGAAUACCUUCGUUUGGUAGAGCGUAUGCAAAUGCUGGAGCAGAAGAAGGUUCGGGCAGCCAAAUCGGUGGUUUCUGUGGCCAAAAGCAAGGUGCCAUCGCCUAAGAUUAAAUCGCCGAUAAUCACGGCGAAAGUUGUACAAAAUCCAUCAAAAACAUCUUUAGAAAGUGUUCAAAUCACCCACAGUAAAGCUACCUCAGCACCUGAGAAACCGCAAGUCAAAAAUGCGGAUUCAAAAUCACCAAAAACAAAAGCCAAGCUGAGUCAACCGUCCAAGGAGAGUCGGCUGAAGGCCUUUGAGAAUUCGUUUGUCAAGAUUGGGGGAAGUAUGCUAAUCAAUCUGGACAAAUCGCUGCAAAUGGUCGAAGAGGCCAAAAAGUCAAAAGCAAUACGUUUGCGAUGUUCGCAGCGCCUAAAAGAACUCUACGCCGAAAUGCAGACUGUUAAGCAGGCGGUCAAGCAGGAGGAACUUAAGCUUGCCAGGAUUCAGCCUGAGAUUCAGGCCAGCCAUGAGAUCAUCAUAUCACUGAAGCAGAAACGUCACAAACUCCAUACGGCGGCCAUGGACUUGGGCCGCGGAUUAAGGGGCGCUGACUACAGGUUACUCGACGAGGGCAAAGCGGCCAUUACCAGCAAGUCCACACAACUCACCAAGGAGAUACGUCUCUACAAUUCCAUAGUAAAGUACGAAGACCUCAAGAAGCUGACUGAUGCGGAGGACAGUCAGCCAAAUACUGUGAUCGAAAUGGAAGCAACAAGUGAAAUAAAGGAGGCGAAUACCCAGGAUCCUGCUGCCUUAGAACCUACUCAACCUUCCACAGAUCCUGAGACGGAGACACAUCCUGCGCCUGAAGACCAACCUGAAACGAAGACUGAGACUCCAGAUGAUCAGGCGCAGGAUAAAGCGAUAGGAGUUCCCAUUAAAACCUCAGCACCCUACACGGUUACCACAAUGCGGGAACUGCGCGAGGAGCAGGCCAACGAGGGCUAUCUGAGUGCCUAUCAAACGCCCAUGUCCAGAAACUACAAUAGCCACCUCGAUGUCCACGCCACCAUCUGCCCCUUCGAUCUGAUGGGUCGCUGCGAGGAUGCGGACUGCUCCUACCUGCAUUUAGCCCGCCCCGAUGUCCAAAACGAGCUGCCAAAGACAAACCUCUCUCUCAAUAACUAACAAAACAAAAAACUCACUAAAACACUAAAACAAAUAUGUAAUAGCGUGCUUGAAUUCUGGUAAGUUGAACUCUUCACGCGACUUAAUAUUUAAAUGUUGCUUUCAGUCAACGUUAAAAAAGAAAGAAACCCACAAAUCAAAUGCCAAGCAGACGAAGAGCAGCAGCCGCCGAUGCAGCGAGUGCAAAACCAUAAAAACAGAAAAAGAACAAAGAAAAAAAAAACAAUCGUUACUAGGUUGUACCUUGUUUGUUAUAUACAUUUAUAUAUACCGCGCAGUGAAAGUUCUACGUUCGCCGACGCUCGAAAACGAUAUUUCGUGCUAAAGUUUGAACGGAUGUGCGACCUAACUUUCGCUUAUGAUUUUGUAUUUUAUUAUUUUCAACGAUUUUUUGAACAAACUCGCCAUAAAUGAAUGCCCCAGGGCAAACCAUUAGAACUGCAUAAAUCGUUCUUUUCAAUACGCGGAGCCUACAAAUACUUAAUUUAAUUGCCAAUUAUAUAUAGUUUUCCUAACGCAGAGAAUGCCAAAUUUAUUUUUUUAUUCGGAAUCGCUUUUCAAUAAUUAUUAAAACUGUUUAAUUAUUAU